GAAAGUACAUGAACAUUGAUAGGGCAAGUUCACCGUGACUUUGAAGGGCGUUUCAUCACGUCAUAAAAGGAGAAGCUUACUUGGAAUGUCGAUCAUCGUGUACUGAUAAAUUUGAAAUUUAGCUUGAUUUCUUUAAUCUAUACUAGUCUCAACAUGGUGAAUGGGCAGAAUAAAUGCUACAACUGUUUCGGGCUUGGUUCAACGAAUUCACUCCUAGCGCAGACAGCAAGCCAGUACCCCAUAUCGAGCUGUGCGGAUAUCGGACAACAAACGGAAACAAGUGAUUGUACUGGAAAAUGCUUCGUACAAAACUUCACCGUUAAUUACAACUUUCAACAAGCAAGUAUAUCAAGCAUGGACGUCGAGUACCUGAUUCUUGGCUGCGGUGGAAAGAAAUCAGCUGAUGGCUGUCAGGACUUUUCUCAGUUACCCAACUUUGAUGAAGUCAAAAGGCAGACAGAGAACGUAGUCGCAAAGCACGGAGGUCGGGUCACCAGCAUGCAGGGAGAAGCGUGUUUCUGCUCCGGGAAUCUCUGUAACUCGGCCACGUCCAACGCCAGAACGAGUGUCAGCUUGAUAACUCUCUGUUUGGCGACCUACUCGAUAGCGAAGAUGACGCUUUGGAACUAGAAACACAAGAUAUUCAAAGGCCGUUGCUGAAGUCGAAAAACACAUAGAACUUUUUGGCCAUUUUCUACAUUUUAAUUUUUUUUUAUUUGAUGGGGUGGGUAAGUGGCAUGGGAUUUUGAGGAAAUCAAUUUUUCCACAUUUGGCUCAAAAGGAAUGCUGUAAUAACCUC